AAACGCGGGCGCGUUUGGGGGGUGGCGUGUGAUGUCUAGAAAUGAAAACAAGUCUGAGCUCUUGCGCCUCCGGAGCUCCGCUCCCAGUUGGUGGGACUCUGAGUGUUAGCACUCCCCUUUACGGGGAGAUUCACUCUCAAGCCUGCUUUGUACCAAUUGCACGGAGGCUGGAACUGGUAGUUAGGCGAGUAGGAGGAAGGCGAGGCAAUGAUUAGCUGGAAUCAUGGUAACGACUAGCACCUGCUCCUAAAUCACGGAAUUAAUUGGUCUGGUUUGUAUGAUUUGGAAGUAAGCUUAGUUCCUCAGUUAGCAAAGUUACUGUUCUGUGUUUGCGGAGCUGGCUUUUGUUGGUCUCCUUUUAAAGCCUGUAGUCCUAAAUGUUUCUUGCUCUUAAGGAAACCGUGCCUUUGGAUAGAAAACUUACCCAACAGAAAAGGGAGAUGGAUCCCAAGUUUGUCCUGACUUGUUUAUGGCCUUUCGGGUGGUUUAGGCGUGAAUUCUGUAUCUUGUUGCACCUUUGUCUGGUGAGUCUUGCUGGGGGUUUGGGGCCUUGCUUCAGAAACGGCUUGGGGUCCUAGGAAGUAAUGUCAGGAAAGAACAGAGAACUGCACCUGGUCUGGAGUGUCUCCUGAGUGCAGGGUGCCUGCAUCAGGUGAAGCUAGUGGCUUCCCCUGGGGAGUUUACGUUUGGGUGAAAAAGACCCAUCCAGGGCUGCUGAUCCUUUAUCAGUUUUAUCCCCAGCCAACCUGUGGGGGUCACAGUACUAUUGUCCAUUUUACAGGUGAGAAGGUUGAGGGUGGGGGAGAGAAGCCACUCGCCCACAUGUGCAGCCAGUAAGUGGCUCUGAAGUCUGUGCUGUCAACUAGAAGAGCGGGUUCAAGUACAGCCUGAUCUGGAAGAAGAUGACGGCAGAUUUCCAGGGUCUCCCUGGAGAACCCGGGUCCUCCCCUGCAGGCUCUCUGUAGCAGUUCAUAGAUAUCUUAUCUUCAUAUCUUAAUGAUUUUGUUGUUCUAAAGCGUCUAGUAACACUUAACUGCUCCUUAAGUGCCUCUCUGUUGUUUGGGGAAGGCAGAUUCGAUCCUAAGUGGGAUUCUGAAGGAGUGGCUCCAUGUUGUAAUUAAAAUGUACCAAAUUGGCUGCUUUCUUCUGGGGAGCAGGAGGCCAGACCUCUGCCUGGGACAGUGCAGGUGUGCACCUGUGGCUGUUUGCCCUGGUGGUGGAAGCGGUCUUUUUGGUUCCCGCUCUGGUCCGUUGGCACCCCUAAGGAAGGGGCUGCAGGAACUUCUGUGGGGACCCACCCCCCAUUACCUUUCGCACCUGAGACAACCACAGCUGGUGCUUGGACAGGGCCUGCAGAGGCAGCUUUGUCCGUUGUCAGCAGAAGAGGUGGCCUGUGGUGGGGUCCUGGCACGCGGUCAGCAGACAGGCGGUGCUCAGGAUUGCCCUCCUGGCCUCGCCUGCGUCCUGGCCCAGCCCUGCCCCUCCAGAGCCGCCCGAGUGCUGGCUUGCCCAUUCCGGAAUCCACGGAUCCUCGGCGUCCAGAGUGCUGCCCUGGGGCUCCAGAAACCAGUCUUGACACCUGGCCGAGCACAGACUCAGGAACCUCACGCCAGCUGCUUGUCUUCUGCUGCUGAACUUCUGCGUUCAUUAGUUCAGAGGUGGCCGCCAGCCUAUGCUGCGUGCUCUGCCCUGGCUGGGACGCAAACAUGUCGGGGAUCGCCCUCAGCAGACUCGCCCAGGAGAGGAAAGCUUGGAGAAAAGACCACCCGUUUGGUUUUGUGGCCGUCCCAACAAAAAAUCCCGACGGCACGAUGAACCUCAUGAACUGGGAGUGCGCCAUUCCCGGGAAGAAGGGGACUCCGUGGGAAGGAGGCUUGUUUAAACUACGGAUGCUGUUCAAAGACGAUUAUCCAUCCUCACCUCCGAAAUGCAAGUUUGAACCACCGUUAUUUCAUCCGAACGUGUACCCCUCGGGCACAGUGUGCCUGUCCAUCCUGGAGGAGGACAAGGACUGGAGGCCGGCCAUCACGAUUAAGCAGAUCUUAUUAGGAAUACAGGAACUUCUAAAUGAACCAAAUAUCCAAGACCCAGCUCAAGCAGAGGCCUACACGAUCUACUGCCAAAACAGAGUGGAAUACGAGAAAAGGGUUCGAGCACAAGCCAAGAAGUUUGCUCCCUCAUAAGCAGCGACCUGUGGCAUCAUAAAAAGGAAGGGAUUGGUGUGGCAAGAACUUGUUUACAACAUUUUUGCAAACCUAACGUUGCUCUCUACAAUUACUGGUCACCUGGGGAGGGUUGGGCGGGCGCCAUUUUCCAUUUCCGCCACUGGUACAGUCUCGGCUCGCUGAAUCGCCCAGUUUUUCAUACAGGGUCUCUUCCUUCAGUCUUUUGUAUUUUUGAUUGUUAUGUAAAACUUGCUUUUAUUUUAAUAUUGAUGUCAGUAUUUCAACUGCUGUAAAAUUACAAACUUUUAUACUUCAAUGAGUCCCAAGGAGCUAGUUCCUUUGCUCGCGGAUGCAGGCAUGCUUCACGCCGUCUAGAGCUGCACUUAGCCUUCAGCUGGCUGCACGAAACAGAAAAUCAGACCUGCCCCGCCCUGCCGCCUCCUCUCCCAGAGCCCGGCUUGUGUUGCUUACGAGCCUCAGAUCCACAGUCAGCCAGCGUCGCGUUUCCGCAUCACUUCCUUUGUGUUUAUAUGGCGUUUGUCUGUGUUGCUGUUUAGAGUAAAUAAACUGUUUAUAUAAAGG